UUGGGAAGGAAGGGGCGGGACGCGAUGUGUGUUGCCGGAAACGAGACGAGUUUUUCAGCACCGGAAGUACUGCGGCCGGGCCUAAUGGCUCUUGCCUCUUAGCUAGUUCCCGGAGAAAGGCUGCGAUGGCGAGCUCCACAGCCGCGGUCCCCUUCCUUGCUCCGCCUCUGGAGCAGCUCAGGCACUUAGCAGAGGAGCUACGGUCACUCCUGCCUCGAGUACGGGUCGGCGAAGCCCAGGAGACAGCCGAGGAAUUUAACCGAGAGACGUUUUGGAGAAGACUCAAUGAGGCAGCAGUGAAAGUGUCCGGGGAAGCCACUGUUCUGACCACGCUCUUCUCCAAACUUCCGUUGCCAUCUCCACAGGAAACCCAGAGAAUCUGUGAGCAAGUCCAUAUUGCCAUUGAGGAAAUAAUUGCAGUGUAUUAUUCACUUCCUAAGGAUCAGGGAAUCACCCUGAGAAAGCUGGUACGGAAUGCGACCCUGGACAUUGUGGACAGCAUGACUCAGCUCCUGGAAGUGCUUCGUGCUGCUCCGGCUCAGAGCACUGAGAAUGGUGACCUGAUUUCCUGCAAUAGUGUCUCAGUCGCAUGCCAACAGGUGCUUGAGAUCCCAAAAGAUAACAAAGCUGCGGCCCUUUGGACACUCACCAAGAAUGUGGAUUUUGUGAAAGAUGCACAUGAGGAAAUGGAGCAGGCUGUAGGAGACUGUGACCCUUAUAGUGGCCUCUUGGAUGACUCUGAAGACAACUCCGACAGCCACAGUGGUGAGGAUGAUGCAUUAGGGCUUCCUAGCAAUCGGGACUCAUACUGGUCAGAGGAAGAUCAAGAGCUCAUAGCGCCGUGCCUUGCACUGGUGAGAGCAUCCCGAGCUUCCCUCAAGAAAAUCCGGAUCUUGGUGGCUGAGAAUGGGAAGAAGGAUCAGGUCGCCCAGCUGGAUGACAUCGUGGAUGUUUCUGACGAGAUCAGCCCCUGUGUGGAUGAAUUGGUUCUGAGCAUAUAUCCACCUGUGUGUCACCUCACUGUGCGGAUCUGUUCUGCGAAAUUGGUGUCUGUUUUAAUAAAGGCUCUCGAAAUUACAAAAGCAAGUCACGUGAGCCCCCAGCCAGGGGAUAGCUGGGUCCCUUUGCUCAUGAGCGCCGUGGACCAUUGCAUGGACAGGAUCAAGGAGCUCACUCAGCGUGCAGCUGAGCUGUGAGCCCCAGUCCUUCCUCUUCCUCCCCUCACCCUCGCACCCACGCUCCAGUGUCCACUUAUUUAUUUUUAAGUUGUUUUUCAAUGUCUGCUCUUAGAAGUGGAGCUUUGACAGGGUGUUUGCUGGAUAGAAAGGAAGCUUCUGCUUUUAAGAAGAGAUUGUCAUCAAGAUUCUAGGCUGGGAGAGAUUGCAGUUAUCUGUAAAUCAUAUAAUGUGAUAUGCUUCUGUGCUGGAACAAAUGUGUAUAAACUUGUGCUCUGAGCUGUUCUUUGGAAAUCCUUAAGGAAGUUGUCUUGUUCUCUAGUUUACAGUAAAGCAUAUUGUUUUAUUUAAGAUUUUGAUGAUCUCAAUAAAAUGCUAACCCACAUGAUUAAA